UCUCUUCCUAAAAGGCUGUCCCUGUCCAUGUUGAGCGCGUUUGUUCACGCGCCUUCAAUUUGUUCUUCCAACACCCUCAGUCAUUGUGUGAGUCCGAAGCUCAACCUCUCUCGCUCUUCAAUGGCCGUAUCCUCUAUUCGAAUCGCCGUCGUCGGUGAUGUGCAUGAUUGCUGGAACCUUGAACAAGAUUCGAAAGCACUUGAGCUCUUGCAGCCAGAUUUGGUGCUGUUUACAGGUGAUUUUGGUGAAGAAAAUCUUGAAGUCAUUAAGAGUGUUGUGAAUCUUGAAUUUGCUAAAGCAGUUAUAUUGGGAAACCACGAUGCCUGGUUUACUAAACAGUUUUCUGGAAGCAAGGAGAAGGAUAAAGUUCAGCUUCAGCUAGAAUGCCUUGGUAAGGAGCACGUGGCUUAUCAACGUUCAGACUUCCCUCAGAUAAAAGUAAGCGUUGUUGGUGGACGACCAUUUUCUAUUGGGGGUAAACCAAUGUUUCGGAAAAAGCUUCUUUUGGCAAGAUACGGAGUCAAAGACAUGGAUGAGAGUGCUAAGAGAAUCCAGAAAGCUGCUCUUGGAACACCAGAGGACCAUUUUCUUAUAUUACUUGCACAUAAUGGACCCACAGGCCUUGGUUCUGAUUCAAAUGAUAUAUGUGGAAAGGAUUGGGAAUUUGAGGGUGAUGGUGAUCAUGGUGACCCAGAUCUAGCACAAGCAAUAUCCUUGCUAAAGGAGAACAAUCAGAUAUCCAUUCCAUUGGUUGUGUUCGGUCACAUGCACAAAGAGCUGGCAUAUGGCAAUGGCUUUAGGAAAAUGAUUGUGGUUGGCGCUGAUAACACCAUAUACUUGAAUGGGGCAAUUGUUCCAAGGGUCAAAAGGUUGGGUGGUGAUGAAGACAAGAAAAGCUUAGAUGAUGAAAGUGCCCUUGCCUCACCAGAGGCCAAAGGUACAAGAAGAGCCUUUACUUUAGUUGAGAUUUCGGAAGGAAGAGUUGCCAAGAUUGCAGAAAGUUGGGUCUCGGUUGUCGAAGAUAGGACCACAUUAGAAGAAGAGCACAUACUAUUUGAGAGCAGCUAGGAUCCUCAUCCUCCACAUAUAGGUUCCUGCUUCAGUCACAUGGAUUUUAAUGCGCAUAGAUAAAUGCAGCCAGGGGUGAAUUAUGUCUCGAUACUCAUGAAUACAUCGUAUUUAAUGUUAGUAACUACUGUAUAGACUUGAUAAAUGGUACAUGCUCUGAUACCAAUUCCCCCUUAUCUAGGUGGUGAUUUAUUGCUUGUACCGCUCCUCCAUUCUAUGUGGCAAUUCAAAUGUGCAGGGUUCGUGUCAUUAUUUUCUUUCUAGCAUAGAGGACACCUAUUUCUUUUGCUUGUCCUUGCACAGUUGGAUAGAUGUUGAAUGAUGUAGGUGGGUCUAUUGGAUUACCCAGGCUGUUCCAUUUUGCCGUCAUGGUGCCUAUUCUUUUUAACCUGGCACUGUCUGCAUGUGGUGCCAUUUUAUUGUCCAAAA